GAUUUCAUUUUGACUUGCAUUGUGGUCCUUCAAGGCCCGUCGCCUUUGUCUUGCAUCCAGUCUGCAUUUGUUAGCGAUUCAUAGCAGUUGCCUUUGUUCAUGGUUGAACCGCGUGCUAAGCUUCGCGGCUAGAAUGGAGCUCCUUGGACCGGGAGUUUGCUCUCCUUUGUGUUCGGGGACGGAGGAUCCUUCCACGAUCCUCCAUAUCUCACCAGGAACAAAGAUGUGGGAGUCGCUUUCGCAUCGGCUGCAGUGUUUGACCAUGUCAACGUUUACACUUUUACCGGCGUAUGCAGUGCAAACCCCUCUAUCACGCGUACUACGUACAACGGAUUGCAACGAGAUUUGGCCGGUAGUCCUUCGCAUUGCUUUAUGAUCUUCAAUGACUCUGUGACACACGGUCCUAUAAGAACAGGCUAGUAUUCGCUGUGAACCCCCCAUCCUGCGGUGGUCAUUUCUCUGAGACACUAUCUUUCAUGAGGUCUACAUUUGAUCUAGUGGUUCUGGGCUGUGGUGGUGGACCUAGCGAGUAUAACUUAUCAGGCUAUCUCUUGAAGUCGUGUGACACGACGUGGAGUCAAGGCAUCAUUGCCUUGGAAGCAGGUUCAGGAAUUGGAGCCCUCCAACAUAUCCUACGGACGACUCCCAGCAUCUUCUCGGCCACCUUUCCUACGGCCGCCGAGUCGCACCCACCUCCCACAGCGGCGGAUAUAUACUCCUGGAUACAAUGCUACCUCAUCACUCACGCUCACUUGGACCAUGUAAACAGCCUGGUACUUUCGGCGGGAUCUCAAGGCGCAUCCCGCCGUGAAGUGUUUGGACUAUUGCCCACUCUGAAGGACCUACAGAUGGUGUUCUCUGAUCGCCUAUGGCCCAAUCUUGCUUCUUGGGACGAAAAUGAUUCCAGUGCAGCGUUACUGUAUUCAACAUUGCAAGUGGAUGGGCGAUACAAGGCCAUCUCGCCUCAUAUCUCCGUUCGUACGUUUUCUGUCAGUCACGGGGGACACAAGGCCCCUUACGAUAGCGCGACAUUCUUCAUCAAGCACAAUACUUCCGGGCGAGAGUUCCUAUUCUUUGGCGAUGUUGAACCUGACAGCGUCGCGUCGCAUCCACGCAACCUGGAGGUAUGGCGCGCAGUGGCACCAAAGAUUCCAAUCGUCCUCUCCUCAAUAUUUAUAGAAUGCUCCUGGCCGACCGGACGGGCUGAUGACAUGCUGUACGGGCAUCUCAGUCCAGAACACCUGCGGGAUGAAUUGGUGAAUUUAGCGACGGAAGUCAUGAAAGUACGCCGGCAGCAGGUGACUGAAGCAGCCUCUUCAUCCGCCUCCUCAGAUAAGCCGAUUCGAAAGCGACUAAAGAUUAGCCCGCCUUCUCCUGGAUCGUUAGAAGGCGCAUUGAAAGGCCUUCGUGUCUAUAUUAUCCACUGCAAGGAUGACCUUCGAAGCACCUAUAGCGAACCGAUCAACCAGGUCAUCGCUGGACAAGUUCGAGCUCUCACAGAUGAGCUGAGUCUAGGAGCGGAGAUAAUUUCCGUAGAGCAGGGAAUGCAUAUAACAAUCUGACGUCCUAAUGAAUGCUAAUACUAUAUCCAUACCUUCGACUUCCCUUUGUUCUUCUACGAUCUGUUCCGUUGUAUCAAUAGAUACCCGCCCACUGUAGCCAUUAUCACGUUCGUUCUCGCUUCGCUCCUCGCACUAGACAUAAUAUAAAGAAUAUGCAAACG